AUGGCGUCCUACCUUGGCCACGUGGCCGCGUUAAAGACCCUCUUGGCCGCGGGUGCCGAUGUCCGCAUACGGGGCGCUUCGGACUCCAUCGCAGCGCUCUCCUUGGCCCUUGCGCUCGGCAGAGAGAGCGCGGGGACAGCCAUGGUCGAGCAUGGUUUUGUUGCCAAUGCUGAUGACGGGGACGGCUCGCUUGUUGUUCUUCACUGGACCGCUCUGAUGGACCACGCCGUCUGUGACGCGGCGCUGCUGGAUGCGGGAGCUGACAUCAAUGCUAGGUCUGGACGGAAGGACGCAACGCCUUUCCUUUUGGCGGCCAGAGCUGGGGUAACGGAGCCCUGCUCGCCCUCUUGA